UAAUGAACUGUUGUUUUUGGUGAUGCAGGUUCAGUAUGCCUGAGGAGUCCAUGCCAAAGGAGGCUGCCUACCAGAACAUUCACGAUGAGUUGCAACUUGAUGCCAUUCCAAAGCUUAACUUGGCUUCCUUUGUCACCACUUCCAUGGAGGAAGAGUGCAACAAACUCAUCAUGGAAUCCAUCAACAAGAACUAUGUUGACAUGGACGAAUAUCCCAUCACCACUGAUCUUCACAAUCGGUGUGUGAACAUGAUAGCACGUUUGUUCCAUGCUGACGUUGGAGAAGAUGAGAAUGGUAUUGGAGCAGGAACUGUUGGGUCAUCAGAAGCAAUAAUGCUGGCAGGACUUGCAUUCAAGAAGAAGUGGCAGAACAAACGUAAGGCAGAAGGCAAACCUUAUGAUAAGCCUAAUUUGGUCACUGGCUCCAAUGUACAAGUAUGUUGGGAGAAAUUUGCCAGGUAUUUUGAGGUGGAGUUGAGGGAAGUGGAGGUGAGAGAAGGAUACUACGUUAUGGAUCCUGCCAAAGCAGUCGAGCUGGUUGACGAAAACACUAUUUGUGUGGCUGCAAUAUUGGGUUCAACAUACAAUGGAGAGUUUGAAGACGUGAAGCUCUUGAAUGACUUGCUGCUACAAAAGAACAAGCAAACUGGAUGGGAAACUCCUAUUCAUGUGGAUGCUGCAAGUGGUGGUUUCAUUGCUCCAUUCCUAUAUCCAGAGCUGGAGUGGGAUUUCAGGCUGCCAUUGGUGAAGAGCAUAAACGUGAGUGGACACAAAUAUGGGCUUGUAUAUGCUGGUAUUGGUUGGGUUAUUUGGAGGACAAAGGAUGACUUACCAGAAGACCUUGUGUUCCAUAUCAAUUACCUUGGAGCUGACCAACCCACCUUCACCCUCAAUUUCUCCAAAGGUUCUAGUCAGAUCAUUGCUCAAUAUUAUCAACUAAUUCGACUUGGCCAAGAGGGAUACUUGAGCAUAAUGGAGAACUGCAGAGAAAACGCAAUGGUGCUGAAGAAAGAUUUGGAGAAGAGUGGGCGGUUUAACAUACUCUCAAAAGACAAUGGUGUUCCAGUGGUGGCAUUUUCUUUGAAAGACAGAAGCCAGUACGAUGAGUACAAGAUAUCAGAGAUGCUGCGGCGGCACGGUUGGAUAGUGCCAGCUUAUCCAAUGCCACCUGCUGCUCAGCACAUCAAUGUGCUCCGUGUGGUGAUCAGGGCUGAGUUUUCACGCACCCUUGCUGAACGCCUUGCCUUUGACAUACACAACGUGCUGCAUGAGCUUGAAAAGUUACCUCCCCCCACAAUGAUCAAUAACACUGAGGAAGUGAAGAAGGCCUUGGUUGAUAAUGGAGUCAAGAAAAAUUCCAUGGAUACACACAAGGAAAUCAUUGCUCAAGAAUCCAACAAGCGUCAGAAAAUCAUGGCGGCCUAGUUACGGUGCUCUUUCUCACUAUACCAAUAAAAUAAGGAGCCUUUAGUAUUUGUUCUAACUCCAACCAUACUCCACCCUUAAAUAUAGUUUAUUUUAUUUUUCCCGAAUGUUUAGGGAAAAAAUUUCUU